AUGGACAUCUCGUCUCCUGUAUCUUCGCGUGCGACAAUGCAAUUCAGAGCCGAGCAUACUGAACUCCCGGAAACACCACUACAAUCGAGACAAGACAAGGGCAAAGGCAAGGCUACUGAGAUGGCGCCACCUCCACGGUUGCCCACGCCGGACUCCGAGGAAACACAUUCCCCACCUCAUCAACCUACGGAAAGUGAAGUCGGAAGGAUUGUCUACGCUUACCUUCGCGAACUUGGGCUGGAUCUGAUAAACCCGCAAAAGAGUUUGGCGAAAGCCUUCGAUGCUCUAAGGAAAGAAAUGGAUGAGCCUCUAGACCUCAAGAAGUGGUGCUUGCCGGCAAGAUUCGACAAAGAAGGGACAGAAGUUCCGUUCAGUGGCAAGCCAUUCUUCCAAGUCCCCUUGAAUAUUGUCAAUGAGCUUUCGGAUGCGAUUGCACAGGGAAAUUUCCUGGAUGGAGAGUGGGCGCCUUUAUGGGACGCCUUCGAGGAAUUCUAUCCCGACAAGCUGCCCGGCGCCAGGAUGAGGGCAGAAAGGGAGGCUGCAAGUCAGAGUGCUUCUCAGCAGGUGCCACCACCAACGCAACCGAGGGCAAUGAGGGAUACUGCGAAUCAUGGAGCGGGGCCUUCUCAGCAACCAACACCGUCAACGCGACCAAAGGCAAAGAAGCGUGCAAGAACUGCUCGACAGUCUCCUGAGCCGGAAGAACUUCCAUACGGCCCUUGGCUCACCCGUUGGGCUAUGAGUUUGGGCCCAGAAGACUUCACGUUCCCUGGAGAUUGCCCAUGGGCAUAUAAGAAAGUCGUUAAUCUGACCCACGAGGAACGGGUGGACAUUGCAAUGAAGUACCACAGCAAAGAGCUGACCGACAUUAUCGGGAGAAGGCAGUUCAACUGGUGCAAAGCAGCGCUUAGAUAUCAUGGCUUGAUUCGCUAG